GCGACUCCGGCGCUUCCGUCACAUUUUCCCCUUCAUGCAGUCUCUUUUUUUCUUCCCUCCCUUCCAUUCACUUCCCUCAAAACCACCACCCACAGACCAGAAAAUAAUCCAUAUCUCCGGGUUAUCAUAUCAUACCCUCCGAUCUCGCUGUCCCCCAUGGCUUCUACUCUCGAAGCUACCGGCGCUCCAGCCGCUCGCAUCACCUCUACUGCUUCUACCAUUGCAGACUACGCUUAUCCUUAUGGCCACCUGGGGCAUUUGACGCAGAAGCAGGAGGAGGCUUUUGUGCAGUUUAAGAAGGUCCUUGAGGAGAGGGGUCUUUUGAAGGUUGGACCUCCGCCUUCUCAUGAUGAUCCUUUGAUCUUGCGAUACUUGCGCGCGCGAAGAUGGAAUGUCGAGGAUGCGUAUCAGCAAUUCAAGGAGACAGAAGAUUGGCGCAAGGCAAAUGAUUUGGACGUUUUAUACGACACCAUUGAUCUAAGCGCCUACGAUUUCAGCCGUCGCCUCUACCCCCAAUGGACCGGCCGACGCGACCGUCGCGGAAUUCCCCUCUACGUCUUUGAAGUCAAGACCCUCGAUUCCAAGACCGUCCACGAGUAUGAAAAGGUGGGCGCAUCGAGUACCUUUUCCAAAGCCAAGUCGGACGGCAAGACGCCAAGCGGCCUGCUGCGCUUAUUCGCUCUGUACGAGAACUUGACGCGCUUCAACAUGCCGUUCUGCACACAACUCCUCGACCGCGAACAUCCCGAGGUUCCUAUUACGUUGAGCACAAACAUUGUGGAUAUUUCGGGCGUGGGGCUGAAGCAGUUCUGGAAUCUUAAGCAGCAUAUGCAGGCUGCUUCACAACUUGCUACGGCGCAUUACCCCGAGACGCUGGAUCGCAUAUUCGUGAUUGGUGCGCCGGCGUUUUUCAGCACUGUUUGGGGUUGGAUCAAGCGUUGGUUCGAUCCUAUCACUGUCUCUAAGAUUUUCAUCCUUGGUCAUAAUGAGGUCAAGAGUGUGCUGGAGCAGUACAUUGAGCCCAGAAACAUUCCCAAGAAGUAUGGCGGCGAGCUUGACUACAACUUUGGAGAACUCGGCAACCCUGAUCCUAACUGGGAGGGCGUCGUUGAGUUUGAGAAUGGACACAAGACGUUUCCUAGCGGGCCGUUAUUGUGGGAGGAGGAUUCUAAUGGAAGAUUAGUCUGUAUGGCUAAGGGUUCCAAGGACGGACAGCCUCGAAACGAGAGAAUCUGUACAAUCCCCAAGACCUUUGGUCUCGCGCCUGUUGUAGAAAUCUCCAGCGGCGAAACAGUCGUUGAAACACCAGCAGAAACCAACGACGCAGCCGCCCUCAACGGAAACGGACACCCCGUAUCUCCUCAAGGAACACACGACGAUGGCGUUCAGACCGACGACGCGCUCUUGAGCGAUGACGUGAACGAGAAGCUGAAGCUGCAGGACGACAAGCCUGUCGCAGCACAGACGACUACUGCGUGAUAGAAGUAUUAUAUCCUAGAGAUGGCAAAGACUGGCAUACCCUGGAAGCAAAUUUUGGAUAAGAUGGUUUGAAGUACGAGAUGGACUAUAUUGGUUGAAGUACACGGAGUAUAUCCCUUUCUGUUUGGCGUAUCAUGUUUAGAACCUCCCGUUGAAGCGGUGAUAUGGUUGUGAAUACAUAAUCGUGAUUCCCUGUUAAUGUUUGAACAAUUACCU